CCCAUUAAUAAGGAAAUGGAACAAUGAUGUACAAUGAUUAAAAAAGAAAUGUGUCUAGUAGUUUUUUCCACUUUUCUAAGAGGAGGAAAGAAAAUUAAUGUAGUCUCUUUCUUCUCAGCUGUCUUCUGCUGCAAGAAACAGUCUUGCAAGCUACCUAAUUUAGUUUGACUAGACAGAACUAUUGGCAGUAAUAAUGCAGGAUGAAUGCAUGGAAGUGGGUUUCUUCUUUUGUUUUUAAAUAUUUUUUGGGUAUUUAUUUGAAAGCAGGCAGCAACAAGGUGAGAGAAAUUGAGGGGAGAGAAAAGGGGGAUAACGUACAAUAAGCUUCCUGGCUGGACUGCUGUUAUAUGGCCAGUGAUUGCAUGUUAAUUGUGUUCCUCCCCAGAUGGAACAGCAAGGCACUCAGCUGGAGACGUUUCAGCAGAGGAACCUGCUGCUGCACGAGGAGAACAACGUUCUCAAAGAGAAAAUUCACAACUUAGAGCGGCGGCUUGAGGACAUGAAGAUAGAAAACAAAGAGAUGUGUCAGGCUCUCUCCUUGAAGGAUGCCAGUGUCCGCAGCAUUCAGCAGCAGCUGGAGGAGAAGACCCUCGAGUGCAGCGUCCUGUCCAGGCAGCUUCAACAAACUCUGGACGACGCUCAGAUACAGGUGGACAACAGCAUGCAGAGGGUUUUAGCCAAAGAGAGAGUGUCUCAGUCUAAAGCCUUGGACCUGCAGAGCCAGCUGAGCCGAGCCAAAACAGAGCAGAGUCAGCUACAGCGAAGCAAGGAGGAGAUGGAGCGUCGUUUCCAGAGUCAGCUGCAGAACAUGAAGGACAGACUGGAGCAGUCAGACUCUACAAACCGCAGCCUGCACAACUAUGUUAAUUUUCUCAAAACCUCAUAUGGAAACGUGUUUGGUGACUCUUUGCUUGCAAGCUGACUGCAAAAUCCUCCAACCUGACCAGCAUUCAUCCAUUCCCAAAGCAUUGUAGUAGACCUAAAUGACAUUUAUUCACUACUACUUCUGACCUGAGAGUUUUAUAUGCUAUCUAUGAAAUUAAUAAACAACUUUUUAAAGGAAAUUCUUA